GGAUUGCGUCAUAAUGCAGCACGGCUGGAACCAGGCUGACGGGAGAGCGCGCUAGUCUCGGCGAGACAGUCGUCCGGAGAGGGUGUGAUAACGAGCCGUUUCGUCGCUUUGAAGUCGCUCGACAUCUGAAGUCAGCAUGCGCGAGAUUGUGCACCUGCAGGCGGGCCAGUGCGGGAAUCAGAUCGGAGCGAAGUUCUGGGAGGUGAUCAGUGAUGAACACGGUAUUGACCCCACUGGCAGCUACCAUGGAGACAGUGACCUGCAGCUGGAUCGCAUCAGUGUUUACUACAACGAAGCCUCUGGGGGAAAGUAUGUCCCUCGUGCCAUCCUUGUGGAUCUAGAGCCAGGAACCAUGGACUCUGUCCGCUCUGGUCCUUUUGGGCAGAUAUUCAGACCUGACAACUUUGUUUUUGGGCAGAGUGGAGCUGGAAAUAACUGGGCUAAGGGUCACUACACAGAAGGUGCUGAACUGGUGGACUCGGUGAUGGACGUGGUCCGCAAGGAAGCCGAGAGCUGUGACUGUCUGCAGGGCUUUCAGCUCACGCAUUCGCUGGGAGGAGGAACAGGUUCCGGCAUGGGAACGCUCCUCAUUAGCAAGAUUCGCGAGGAGUAUCCCGACCGCAUCAUGAACACCUUCAGCGUGGUGCCAUCUCCCAAAGUGUCGGACACAGUGGUGGAGCCCUACAACGCCACGUUGUCCGUUCAUCAGCUGGUGGAGAACACGGAUGAGACCUACUGCAUUGACAAUGAGGCCCUGUACGACAUCUGCUUCCGCACUCUCAAACUCACCACGCCCACGUAUGGUGACCUCAACCACCUCGUCUCGGCCACCAUGAGCGGCGUCACUACCUGCCUGAGGUUCCCCGGACAGCUGAACGCCGAUCUUCGCAAACUGGCGGUCAACAUGGUGCCCUUCCCUCGUUUGCACUUCUUCAUGCCUGGCUUCGCUCCUCUCACCAGCAGGGGGAGUCAGCAGUAUCGCGCGCUCUCCGUCCCAGAGCUCACCCAGCAGAUGUUUGACGCUAAGAACAUGAUGGCUGCAUGCGACCCGCGCCACGGCCGCUACCUGACUGUGGCCGCCAUUUUCCGUGGCCGCAUGUCAAUGAAGGAGGUGGACGAACAGAUGCUGAAUGUCCAGAACAAGAACAGCAGCUACUUCGUGGAGUGGAUCCCCAACAACGUCAAGACCGCCGUGUGCGACAUUCCACCUCGUGGUCUCAAAAUGUCUGCGACAUUCAUCGGCAACAGCACUGCCAUCCAGGAGCUGUUCAAACGCAUUUCAGAGCAAUUCACCGCCAUGUUUCGCCGCAAGGCCUUCCUGCACUGGUACACCGGCGAGGGCAUGGAUGAGAUGGAGUUCACCGAGGCUGAGAGCAACAUGAACGACCUGGUGUCCGAGUACCAGCAGUACCAGGACGCCACCGCAGAGGAGGGAGAAUUCGAGGAGGAGGGUGAAGAGGAGGCCACCUGAUCACCAUCUCUUCCACCUUAACUUCCUCCAUUUUUUGAUUCAUAUGCCACAUCAUCUCAGUCUCCUCUCAGUCCAGUGCUG